AUGCGAGACCAAGCAGACGUCCGCGCCCCGACUCCAAGCCACUUGACCUGGCAUCCCAUAUUGUCCAAUCAAGGAGCCCAAAGGAUGAUUUCUCUUGAUGCUACUGAGAAGGAAGCUACCACGCUGGCAAUCAUUGAGUCUUCCAUUCGAGAUACCCAGGCGUAUCGACGACAGUACGGAGUAGCAUUGGUUUACACCAGCAUCUUAGCAACUUGGGUAGGAAAUGACGGCACUAUACCAAGUGCCUACUUGUUUGGUCGAGACAGCAAGACCCAGCCCCGGGGCCCCUUGGCUAGACCCAGGAAAUCGGGGGUGGGGACGAGCGGGGGUGUCACAUUCCAACGCCAGUCUCAGCCAUUGAGGGUGGACGGAUUGAGUGCCAUCACCGCACCGCUGCACCGCACCCGCCAUACAUCAAACAGACACGUUUGCCGCGAUAUAAUCAUCGUACCGCCUGAUAGUACACACGAAUAG